GUGUCCUCCAGCAGCAAUGGCGCGGUUACAACAGCACACAGCAAUGUGCUCUUUUUAAGUCCAAUUCUUCAUGUUUACCUUUCCUACGUGUUCCUAUGUCGUGUGAAAAAGUCAACUUUAUUAGAUGUUUGUGUCACGAUGAAGUCAACUCGUCUCGGUCACCUUUGAACUGUCUUUUCUCCUGCGGAAGUUGCUAGUUAGCCUAGCCGAGCUUGUUAGCGGCUAACAAAGUGAUCGACACGUCGCUAAGAAGAGAUCACGUACAUCAGCGAAGCACGUCAUCGCCCUGAACAAGCGGAGAGGAGCUUUGGGAUGCAUCAGCAGGAGCCACAGCCCCCCCACAUUGGAAAGGAAGACAGGGCGCCACAGACCCCUUACAUGAAAAAGGAAGAGGAGGUGCCACAGAUCAUGCACUUUGAAAACGAAGAGGACAACCUGCUGACCCCACGUGUCAAAGAGGAAGAGGAGGCACCACAGACCCCGCGCCUUAAAAAGGAAGAGGACGCAUGGACCCCUCACAUUAAGGAGGAAGAGGAGGAGCACAGCGUCAGUCAGGUGGGAGAGCAUCUCGAUUGGUUGGAGGAGUUCCCAGUGACUGUGAAGAGUGAAGAUGAUGAGGUCAAAGGUGAGAGAGAGGCGGAGCCUCCAACAGAAGGUGAGGGAGACCACUGUGGAGGACCACCAGCAGACAAGAUCUUAGCUCCACUAUCAGAUAGUGACGAGACGACGUCUCACUCUGCUGACACUGACGAUGAAGACGCGCGCUUUAAAUGUUCUCACUGUGACAAAACCUUCAAACACCGCUGCACUCUGAAAGUGCACGUCAGAACGCACACCGGGGAAAAACCCUUUUCCUGCGCCGAGUGCGGCAAAGGUUUCGCGCGAAGAAAUGUGUUGAAAGUGCACAUGAGGACGCACACCGGAGAAAAACCCUGUUCCUGUUCAAUCUGCGGCAAGUAUUUUAGUCAAAGGCAACAUUUGAAAAUACACAUGAGAAUACACACUGCAGAAAAACCGUUCGUGUGCUCGGUUUGUGGUAAAAUAUUCUCUGUAAAGGCAAAUUUAAUAAUGCACACCAGGACACACACUGGAGAAAAACCUUUUAUCUGUUCAGAAUGUGGGAAAGGUUUUACACAAAAUCAUAGUUUGAAAGCACAUGUGAGAACACACACUGGUGAGAAACCUUUUAUCUGUUCAGUGUGUGGUAAAGGUUUUGCGCAAAGUCUCUGUUUGAAAGUGCACAUGAGAAUACACACCGGAGAAAAACCUUUUUCAUGUUCAGUCUGUGGUAGAGGUUUUUUACAACGUGGCGAGUUGAAAGUACACAUGAGAACACACGUCGGAGAAAAAACAUUCCCCUGCUCAAUUUGUAGUAAAAUAUUCCCCCAGAAGGCAAAUUUGCAAAUACACACUAGAAUACACACCGGUGAAAAACCUUUUAUGUGUUCAGUGUGCGGCAAAGGUUUUAUACAGAGUCACCAUUUGAAAAGACACAUGAGAAGACACACCGGGGAGAAAGUGUUGAGUUGCAGUGUGUGUGGCGAAGGAUUCUCUUACAAGUACCAGUGUAAGAAACACAAGUGUGCUGGUGAGGACAAGCAGCAGCAAAUGAAGCUGAAGGCUUUGAAAUAAGCUGUCAAAACUUUGCCUUUCUAACAAACAUCAGCACAUACAAAAGCAGUGAAGUUGUCACAUUGUGUACAUGGUAAAUAAAAACAGAAUACAAUGAUUUGUAAAUCCUUUUCAACUAAUAUUCAAUUCCAAAGUCCAUCUUAGAUGAGCUAAGGCCCAGCGAGGCGUUUCUGGGUGUUGUUGAUAAAUGGCUUUGGCUUUGCAUAGUGUAGUUUUAACUUGCACUUACAGAUGUAGCGACCAACUGUAGUUACUGACAGUGGUUUUCUGAAGUGUUCCCGAGCCCAUGUGGUGAUAUCCUUUACACACAGAUGUAGCUUUUUGAUGCAGUACCGCCUGAGGGAUCCAAGGUGCGUAAUAUCAUGGCUUACGUGCAGUGAUCUCUCCACAUUCUCUGAACCUUUUGGUGAUAUUACGGAGCGUAGAUGGUGAAAUCCCUAAAUUCCUUGUUGAGAAAUGUUGUUCUUAAACAAUUUGCUCAGGCAUUUGUUGACAAAGUGGUGACCCUCGCCCCCGUCCUUGUUUGUGAAUGACUGAGCAUUUCAUGGAGGCUGCUGUUCAGAUUGCUGUCCAGCAAUCUCAACCGGAAGUGGUUUGGUGACAGGUAUCAGUCUUGUGAUCCCGGACCAGCCCCCAAAUUGUUGCGUCGGACCAGUUCUUCCUCCAAGGGAAUCUAAGUUACUGGACAAUCCCAAGUUCUUUCAGAUGACAUAUAUGCAGAGUAAGAAGGACCAUCAAGACAGUAUUGGAAUAUUAUCAAGUUGUACUAAGGCUUUAGGAGAACCACCUAGACCAAUACAUUCAUACCGGCUUCCGAAGUUGUUCUAACAUUCAAACAGGAAGAGACAACUUCUUGAAUACACAAACAGCCCCCACCCUCUCCAGAAAGACUACUACAGAUAAUAUGUAAGGGAGUACUCCAACUCCUACAUUCCAAGUCUUCAAGGUAACACACACAGUUUACUUAUAAAAUUAAAACAUAGAAAGAGUACAAAUGGAAAAACACUAGCUGAUUCAAACAUUAUUAUGAAUUAAAAAAAUAACUCUUAAAUGUAUAUAUAUAUGCAUUCUCCAAAAUACCCAAUCAUGGCACCCACCUGUUCCCAAUUAGCCUGUUCACCUGUGGGAUGUUCCAAAUAAGUCUUUGAUUAAGCAUUCCUCAACUUUCUCAGUCUUUUUUGACACUUGUGCCAGCUUUUUUUGAAACAUGUUGCAGGCAUCAAAUUCCAAAUGAGCUAAUAUUUGCAAAAAAGAAGAAAGUUUGUCAGUGUGAACAUGAAAUAUCUUGUCUUUGCAGUCUAUUCAAUUGAAUAUAAGUUGAAAAGGAUUUGUUGUAUUCUCUUUUUAUUGACCAUUUACACAACCUGACAACUUCACUGCUUUUGGGCUUUGUAUCGCAUGUGUGACAUUGUUGUGUGUGUGUAACACCAUCUUGUUAUUUUGCUUGUGCUAUUUAUAGAUUAAAUACCUUAGUGGGUUUUUUUUUUUCAGUCAAGUGCAUGCAUUAUUUUUACAACAUUGUGUACAUUUAUUUAAAAGUAACAGAAGAAUUUGACUGUGGAGAGUAAACAGUACAAAACAUGUUACAUUAAAUACAAUUUAUAUGUAUAAAGAUAUUCAUAAAUCCAUUUUAUACUUGUUCACAAUAGUGUUUUAUAUAAGUUUUUGAAAUAAUCAUGUGUUAAAAAUGUUAGUUUUGAAAUGAUUCCGUAA